AUGUCAGAGGAAGCUGAUUUCGAAAUCGACUUCUACGGGGACGAAGGCAAUGAUCAACAGGAUCAAGGUCAAAAAAAGCAAGAACAGCAAAGUGAAGGGCAAACAGAACAUCAUGACAACAAUAACCACGACGGACACAACGGCGGCAAUCACGGUGGAGACGAUGCGAUGGAGGACGAGGGUAGCCAAAACUACGACGACCAAACAUCGCAGCAAGGAACAAAGCGCAAGCAAGAUGAUGACGGAAGGCCGGUCGACUCGGCGGCCACGACUGCCAUUAUGAUUUCCGAAGUGAAUUGGUGGACUACUGAUGACGAUAUUCGAGGAUGGGCGCGGGGCGCAGAGGUCGAAAACGAGAUUAAAGAUCUCACUUUCAGCGAGCACAAGAUCAACGGCAAGAGCAAGGGACAAGUCUAUGUCGAAUUCAACACUCGUCAGGCAGCGACAGCAACCAAGCACCACUUGGACAAGCUCGUCUCGGAGGAAGCACAAGGCGCGCCGAAGAAGCUUACGGUUAUGUACUGGAACCCCAACGUCAACCCUUUUAAAACUCUUCCGAAAGAUGCGCCCGCCAGAGGUAAGGAUCAGCAGUUAAGAGGGCCGCAGGGCGCAUACAACAACGAUCGCGGAGGCUUCGUCGGCAACUAUCGCGGGCGUGGAAACUUUAACAAUCGUGGAAAUAUGGGCCAAAACAACUACAACCGCAACUACAACAACGUGGGUUAUAACAACAUGGGCGGUGGCGGCUACAGCAACCCCAUGGGUGCCGGCAACUUUAACAACUUUGGCAAUCGAGGCGGCAUGAUGGGCGGUAUGCGCGGCGGCGGCAACAUGCGCGGCGGUCGUGGUGGAACUAUGAUGGGCAUGAAUCCUGGCAUGGGCGCCAUGAACCCGAUGGGUAUGCCGAUGGGUAUGAUGAGCAACAUGGGCAACAUGGGCAACAUGGGGAAUAUGGGGGCAAUGGGCAUGGGCAUGAUGAAUCCCGGCAUGCAAGCUCGAAACUAUCGAGGACCAGUUCCGCUAACCAGCUUGUGUCAAGGCAUGAACCCAGGUUUCAACCCCGGCAACUUUAACUUUGGACAAAACCAGGGUGGCGGAGGCGGUGGCAGUGGCGACUGGGGCAACCCUCACGGCGCCAAGCGGCCACGACCUGAGUAA